AUGAAGUCUGGCUUGCCAGCUGACCUGCUGACAAAUCUGCUGUCAGAUUUCCAGGGUUGACAGCUGAAUUGAAAACAAAGGGGCAGAGAUUGUGGUUGAUACCAGGGGUGGACUGACAACUCAUGGGGCUCCCGGGCAAUAGGGGAUCAUGGGGCCCCUGUGUCCUUGCCCACACUCAAACCACACCCAAAAAACAUAUGAAAGGUACCAGGGGCAUCUGAUGGGGCCCCCUACUGACCAUGGGCACUCGGGCAGUGCCCGAGCACCCGAAUGGUCAGUCCGCCCC